AUGACACAGCAGACAUCCAAUCCGUCUCAAUCCAUGCCACUUAAUCCUGUGCUCAUGGGGUACCCUACCAACGGGUCUUCUCAAUACCAAGCCAAUUACAACUAUAAUUCGGCAGCUGCCUAUUACCAUGCCCAGCAACAACAGCAACAAGUAGCGCAAUCUCCAUCCCAGCACCAUCAAGCAGCGGUCAUGAGUGCUGCCGCUGCUGCCAUGUUCAACGACAAUGACCAAUACCCUACUUAUGAGGAUUUUCAAUGUAUUGUACAAGAGUAUCUCGAUAAUUUGAGCCCAAAGAAGAGAGACAAGGCUUUAGUAGACCAACACCGCUAUACAUUAAUCUUGCAAGUACUCAAGGAUCCCCGCAAUACGGCCAUCUCAACUGCGCAAUUCCGAUUUUGGGUUAAGAAAAUGUUUCAACUUGCCCCUACCGACACACUCGAUAUUGUUUGUCACGACAAUAAACCCGUGGCAAUGCGAGAACAGAUAUAUGAAAUACUGGUUAGAGCUCAUAGAGAAGCACAUCAUGGCGGCCGAGACAAAACGUCUGCUUUGGUACGCCGUCGGUAUUCAUGGAUACCCAAAGAAUUGAUUGCGCGCUUUGUACGGAAUUGUCCAUUCUGUAUAUCGAGGCGAAAUAGCAGCCAAAGCCCAAGCAUCGGUGCCCCCAAGACGCCCAGUCCUACCAGCAGUUAUCCUGAAAACAAUGGUGUUCCAUCCUAUGUCUACGAUGGAUCCCAAACGUCUCAUUUCUUACGAACGCCGUUUGAAGACGAUGAUUUAUCUUACAAAACCUUGACUCCUGAAAUGGAUUUUGAUUAUGUGCCUACUGGACCUCAGUCCAACACUUCAUCCGUCGUCGUAGCCGCCGCCGCGGCAGCAGCAGCGGCAGCAGCGAAUUGCCAUGGUCCAGCAUCCCCUUCGCAACACUAUAUUCCCGACCCAUUCGGGAACACCAACUACUAUUAUGCAUCUCAGCAACCGCCAUCGCAUCAAGCGUUUGCUGCUCAACGUCAUGCUCAAGCUUCAUCACAGCAGCAGGAUCACAAUGACCAGCAACGUAACAACCUGGCCUAUGCUAUGGUAGAAAUGGGUAUGCAUCCAUUUGCUUCGUCGGAAAACUAUGGUUAUCAGCAGCCCUAUGGUAAUCCUUACACCGAUAUAUUGGGCAUGACGAGGGUCCCACCCCAGGAUGAAUGCUUUCAAGACCUCUCCAGUGUGGGUCGUCCAGCAUCAGCUACGGCUGUAGCGGGAGUUGACCUCCUGUCACACCACCGGUUAUUCCAGUAA